GGUUGCGGAGCUGAAGGGGAGUUAGAGCGCAGCCCGAGAGUCGGCAUUGCACGGGGAACGGGAGCAGCAGCGCUAGCGGGAUCGCAAGCCGGAGCGGGGCGCGCAGACACACACACGGCGAUGAGCAUGUUGGUGUUGAUCAAUAAGCUGCUGGACUGGUUCAAGUCUCUGUUCUGGAAGGAGGAGAUGGAGCUGACGCUGGUUGGCCUGCAGUACUCGGGCAAGACGACGUUUGUCAACGUGAUAGCGUCUGGCCAGUUCACUGAAGAUAUGAUUCCGACAGUGGGUUUCAACAUGAGGAAGUUGACUAAGGGAAAUGUCACCAUAAAGAUUUGGGACAUUGGUGGUCAGCCAAGAUUCCGAAGUAUGUGGGAACGUUACUGCCGAGGAGUCAAUGCUAUUGUCUACAUGGUGGAUGCUGCAGACUUUGAAAAGAUUGAAGCUUCAAAGAACGAACUCCACAACUUAUUAGAUAAACCACAAUUGCAAGGAAUUCCUGUAUUAGUCUUGGGCAACAAGAGAGACCUUUCCAAUGCUUUGGAUGAGAAACAGCUGAUUGAGAAAAUGAACCUAUCUGCCAUCCAGGAUCGAGAAAUCUGUUGUUACUCAGUGUCCUGCAAAGAGAAGGAUAACAUAGACAUUACACUACAGUGGCUUAUUCAGCACUCCAAGUCGAGGCGUUGCUGAGAAUGGUCUUGCUUAGCAGAAGAUCAUAAACAGCUUGUCCAUCCUACAUACCUUGGAAGAAAGUUUGGAAGAGCAAAACCUAACUCAGCUGGGACUGAGUCUUUCAACCCCCCCAGUUCCUGUUAUUAUGGACCUCAAAGAUUUCUUCUUUUGGUUCCCUCUGACUUCAGGCCAUUUUCUACAUUUAAAAGGAAAAUUGAUUUGUGCCAUUCAACAGUAAUGCAGAGUAAUCACAAACCACCUAUGUAAGCCCCAGACACGUGACUUCGUUAUUUGAAUGAUGUCUCUGUUUAUAAAAAAUGCAAAUUGCCUAUACCCUAUUUAACAGGGUGCUUAUUCUAGUUGUGUAUUUUUCAUUUUGCAUGUGAUGUUUUCGUACAAUGCAUUAUUUCUGUGAAGGAUUACUGAUCAAAAAUGCUCAGCUCUAUUUAAAAUAACUUUGGAUUAUUUGAAUACCAGUGAAGAUAAUACUGCUGCUAUAGUAAGAAUAAUCAUAUUGUGAGAGUGGAUUUUGGAGCAGACUGGUAAGUUUUUGUUGAUAGGGAGAAAUGGCUUCACUUCCCCAUUUUGAUGGAGGUAUGGAUUGCACUCUUAAUAUGGAGACUGGAAAUAGCUCUAAAAUGCUUUUAUUCUUCUCAAGCACUGUUUGAAUAUUCAGCUCUGCAGGAUAUCAUCAGUUUUUUUUUCAUAUUUAAAUUUCAUUCAACUAUUUGCUUUUGUAAACAUGUAAAAAGAAAUCAGUUGAUACUGAUUUGAAGGAAAUUGGAGAUUGAUUUAAAUUCAUGUAAUGCAACACUCCCAGUUCCAUCUUGUAUUCUGCUGACGCCUUUGUGAGUGCAGCACAUGAUAGAGCUACUAUUAAUGUUUUAAUAGAUACAGGACACUACUCAACGAAGUAUAGGAUGGGUCACAUCAGCUCUAUCAGAAAAAGAACAAAUUUGAACAGCCUUCAAUCACAGUCAGUCAGCACCAGAGUGGAGUAGUAUUUACUGAGCAGGAUUUUUUGAUACAUUUUGAAUGAGGAAACACUACAUUAUUUAAACAAGAUUGUUCUUCUGUGGUAACAAAUUUCUGCCACUUUCACAUUUCUCUCCUUUUUUUUCAUUCCCUGAUAAGUUUUGAAAGCACAUUUAAUUAAUGUAACAUUGUCAAGUACAUAUGAGUUGCCUAGCACUUGAACUUGGUGCCUGUGCAGUUAAGCAUUUCCUAACAGAUGCUGAUGAUCAAAACAAGGAACACAUCAGGUUAAGAAGCAUCUUUGGAGGGAAAGGAAUUGUUGACAUUUUGGGUCAAAACUCUACUUCAGAACUACUACACAGGUUCACCCAGAACCAUAACUUUAACUCCAGAUCUCAGUUUCUGCUGUCUCUUAUGUCACCAAAACUUAAGAACGUUUUUGCCAAUGUAAAAAUUGUUUAUUGUAGUAUUAGUAUGACAAAAAUCUGUUGACCUACAAUGAAAUAUGUCAGUUCAAUACUUCCAAAAUCUUGAAUUGUUUCAUUCCUGUCUGUCUUACUGAUUCCUUUCAAGAAAGACAUUUAAUUUGAGUUUACUUAUGUUAGUUGAGGGAAAAUUAUUGGUUUGGGCUCAGAAGAAUGCCCUCAUUCAUUAAACAGCUGUGAUCUUGAUUCUUGAUGGAGUGCCUUGGUUAGUCUCAUCCAAAAUCCAUGACCUGUUACAAUCUAGGACUUACUUAGCAUUCCACUGAUAUGAAACUGGGUUGUGUUUGGUUGGAGUGUCUUUUGAAUUUGCAGCAUACAAGCUGAUGUUUGAUGAUUUACUGAACACAAUAUCUCAACUAAGUGAAAGGUACUUACCACUUUAAAAAGAACGGAGGGAAAGUUUAUUGAAAAUGGAUAGCAUUUCUAGUGCCAGAAUUUCCUGUUCUGAAAGCUGAAUGGUUUUCUGUUCAAUAAGAUUUCUUCAUUCCUUUUCAAUAGUAAAACAAGUAACUGCCAACACUUUUAAAACAAAUUACUUUAUGCUUAAAUCACCAUGACAAUUUAAGGCACUGUUUUACAUUUUAUACAUUUUUAUUUAAUGCAUCCUUAGAAGUUUUAAAAUGAACAUUCUGAUUUAUUAAAGAGGAUAAAAUCUCAAUAAAUGUGCAAAAUCUGAGGUGUUGAAAUAUAGAAAUAACUGCAGUUAAUGUUGAGAAUGAAUUUCCUUUUUUUUAAGGGUUAGAAGCUUAUUUUCAGGACCCAAGCAGCAAGUUACAGUUCAUAUCGCUUACAGGGGUUCCCAACCUGGAGUCCACAGACCCCUCGGUUAAUGGUAGCGGUCCAUGGCAUGAAAAUAGUUGGGAACCCCUGUUAUAAGGUGCAGAAGCAACGUAUUUAACUUGCUUUAUACAAUCUGUUAAUUACAUUUUUCAGUUUAGUAAUUAAAUAAUCAAAUUAAAUAAAUUUGAUGGUUUGAUUGCACCAUUACAAUAAUUCAAUGAAGCCUGGAACAUCUCCAAUUCUUCAGUGAAAAUUACCUGUUGUAAUUGAAAUUUAACUUUAUUACUAAGUGCUGUGGCAUGUAAAGUUUAAACUGAAUAAGUCAGUAAAAUGCUGGGUUUAUUACUCAUGUUCUUCUUUCAUGUCUGCACGUUGCUUCUGCAGGAACACCACCUAUUCAACCUCUCAUACCUAUAUAGAACAUAUUUUAGAUCAUAUUCACAAUAAUUAAAUAAAGAUGAACCUCUAAGCUCUUCUUGUUCAGUAUAUUUAUAUUGAAAAAUCAGUAAAUUUGCAUUGUAACUACUGUGAUAAUAUGCUUAUACUCAAUUUUAAAUGGUGAACUUUGAUGUAUUUCUCUACUACCAGAAUCACGCUUUCAAUCUGAUCUAUGAUAUUUGUGUGACACUUUCAGUCCAAUGCAUUGUUACAGUCGUUCUGCAAAAUACAAUUUCAAUUUCCAAUCACUUUUUGAGUAUUUUUCUGAAAUAGUUUUAAUGUACAAUUAAUUUUGCUGGUGUAUGCACUAUGUAUUCUCUUAAAUUAUGCUGCAGUAUGUGUCAUAUAAUCUUGUAUUAACUAAGAUGUCAAAGUAUUUCAAAACAAAAGCAGCAUUUAAUGAGAGAGAGAGAGAGAAAAAUAGAAUGCUAAUUCAAGGAGCCUUCAGCGUAGUAGGGUGUGAGGUGGCCCAUGGGGAGUACAAGCUCCAAACGUGGACCAGUUGGACCAAGUAGUCUCAUUUGUUCUCUAUCAUUUGUCCAGCACCGGGAACUUGAACCAAUUGGUAGCUCUUUCAAGAGUCCACAAGAUCAGAAUCAAUCAAAGUGUUCCCUUCCAUGGUGUAUAAUUCUAACCAAGAAUCUAACAUACUAGCAAUCAGUAGGCCCUAUUCUUGAUCAGCUUUUAUAUUGGAAGGAUGAACUUGUAAUGCUCAAUAUUCCAACUAAUGUUUAUGUGCAUCUGCCACUGCAUUAUGUCUGGGUAUUUCACACUGUUGCUGACUGGAACAACUUGUUUUUUAAAGUUUAGUAAUUUUUAUUUUCUUGAUAGUCGUGGUAGAAAAGUUUGUGUAUAUUUACAGACUAAACUUAUAAAUUCUAUGAUAACAAUGAAAUGUAAUGCUAUUAAAAAACUGAGAUGAAUCUUAAGUACUGUUAUUUCAAGUAGAGACUGGAUUAUUGUGAUUGAUUGCUUCAGUUCUAAAAAUCUGUAUAUUUUUUCAGGAUUAAUCAAAUACAGAAGACAAUUUUUUAGUUAAUGGGAACUAACACAUUCAAAAUGAGGUGAUGAAUUUGGAACAGUGGGUUAGAUGCAAAUUUGUUCUGUUAUUUUCAGGGCUUGCUAUGUGUUGCAGAAUUAGUUUUAUCCAAUACUGAUGUUUAACAUCAUCCACUCACUAACCUGAUUUUGUAAGGGUAGGCUGACUGCUCAUUUACAGUUUGGUAAUGCAGCCUUUUUAUACAGAUGACAUCGUUCUGUUUUUUUUGUUAAGGAGACUGAGAACCCUGCAAAGAGGUCAGCAGUCAUCAGCAAAUUCCAAUUUCUAAUCAGCAUGGUGAAUAUAUAUAUUUUGGCCACAGGUUAAAUUUAUAUUCUGCCUAUUUUAAAAUUGAAAUAGUUAUUAUAGAAUGUUAUAUGAACCAAAUAGCUUGCAUGUUGAAUAUUUACAAUCUAGGAUUUAGAAGCCAACCAAAAUUUUCAGAUUCCUAAAAAUAAGAAAUAGGAGCAGGAGAACAUGAUAUGAUUCUCUAAACCUGCUCCUCCAUUCAAGGAUACAUAUCUGAUUUGAUCUCAGCUCCACUCUCUCAUCUGUGACUCCACUAUAAAUCAGAAAUCAAAGUGGACCUUGAAUAUAAUUGAGUGAAUCAGACUCCAUAGAUCUCUCAGGUAAAGAAUUCCAAAGAUUUGCAAACUCUUGACAGAAUAAAUUUGUCCUAUUCUUUGUGUGAAGUGGAUAGCUCCUUAUUCUGAUGUUUAAUCUCUCUUUCCCCCUGCUCCCACAAUUUCAGAUUUCCCCUUGAAGGAGUACAUCAUGCCAAAUCCCAUCAGAGUAUUAUAUACAUCAGUGAUAAUAUCUCUUUUUACACCAUAGGGUAUAGACUCUAGCUAUUCAGAUUUCACUCAGAAACCAAUGCCCUCAUCUCAGAAAUUAACCAAGUGAACCAUUGCAAGUGUGUCUCUCCGAUAAUAAGGUGACCUGAGGUAAGCGGUGUCAAUUACUAGUAAACAGUACAGCUACAUUCAAGACAUUUAUAAACUGGCCUUAAUUAUACAGAGGUUAGCAUUGUACUUCCUUUUGCAGCUUGUAUCUGUAUGCUUAAAUUGUUUUUCAUGAAUAAAGACACCCAGAUAUCUCCCUAUUGCAGUUUUGAGUAGGACUAUUUAAAGAACACAUUUUCCCAUUCUCCCAACAAAAUGGAUAUUCCUUCUGCAAAUUUUGCCCAUUCUCUGGCUUAUUUACAUAUUUCUGACUGUCACAUUUCACCACUUCACAUCAUCAUAAAGCCUGACUACACUCUGUUCCUUCAGCCAAGUCAUUAAAGUUGAUUACAAGACUUUCUUCUUAAGUAAACCUUUAGACUGAAGAAUGAUUAGCCAUCAUUCCAAUGUUGUUUUAACACAAGAUUACUGUAACAUCAGCUAACACAUGUUCUCAACAGUAAAGUCUCAGUUUGUGACAAGGAAGCCCAAGAUAAUUGUAGAAAAGGCUGUAUAUGUACCAUCAAAGGAUGUAUCUAUGUACUUUUGCCAGUCUAAGUAGUUAUGAUCUAUCAUUGAUCCUUACAAUAUCCCAACGGUUGAAGCUCAUCAACCCAAAAAUAACAAGCCAAUACUCUCUUAUCCUAGUAUCUCAGCAGGCUCCAUCAUUACUGAACAGCAACCCAUCCUACCUCACCCCCCCCCCCCCCCCCCCGCCCCCACAAACUUUGAGUUUUUGCCUUCUCCAGUCCUUUUGGUGUGGCACUUACCAUGAACUUUGCAGAAGGCAUUUGAUAUCUACUGAAUUUGACUUGAAAGAAAACCAUCCCUGAUGCCUGUGAAUUGUAGAUUUAUCAGCCUUGCAUAUUUCCUUGUAUUAAAAAAAAAACUGGAUAUAAUCAGAGGCAUGAAGAGGGGAAAUCUGAGGUCUGGGGCUUCCGUUGGUCAAAGUUGACCAUGGAUAGUGUCUUAGCUGUCUGGAUAUGCAAGCUGUUGCUCAUGUAGCAAGUUUCCCUCUCCAGACAUCUGAUGAACUCAAAAGCAAUGGCAAAGACAGACAAAGUAUGAUACCAGCAGCAUCACGGGAGUUCCCAGUAGGACUGCCUUAAGGACUCCAGCUCUGGAUAUUUCUCUUUGGGUUUACUCCCGAAGGCUUCCCCAUGAGUGUUUCUCACCGGAAGGCAGCAGAGGUUUGCGAUCAGCGUUUUCUUUCUCCUAAAUCACAGCUCACAAUCCCCAUCUGCUGAAGCAACUGGUUUUAAGGUACCAGUAACCUGCCUUUGCCCCUUCUCCUGUCAGUAGAAACACUUCUACUGGACUUAGUAGCUCAGCCACAUGUGAAGGCCAGAAGCUGGACUUGGUUGUGAGAGGCUGUUUGAGGCACAAGCCAUUGGGAGCAUUUAACAGGUAGAGGGAGCUUGUCCCCACUAUCACCCUGGUUAUAACAACCUUAAGGAACCAAAAGAGGAAAAAGGGCAUUCUAUUGGGCAGAGUGAAAUCAUGCUGGAAUAUGUAAUGCACGGAUCUCUAAUUAAUCCAUUGGAAUUCCCAAACUGACUGAAUAUGGAGGUCCUGGAUUCUCUGCAAUGAUGAGUAUGGCUGAAACUGUAGAUUACUGACUACAUUAGAUUACAUUACUUCAGCUAUGAAUAACAAUGUUUUAAUAAGAAAUAAAUAUAUGGAUUAAUUCCUGUUUAUGCUUCCUGACACAAAA